AUGCAGCCCGGCCACGACAGCAUCAAGGUGUGCGUUCGGGUGCGACCUAUCAACGCCACCGAGAAGCGAAAUGGAGCCUCCGAGGCAGUGAGGUGCGCAGGCGAGCGAGGGGGCAGCCUGCAGUUGGUGCCUCGGGGCAGAAAGCCCGUCGUGCACUCCUUCGAUCACGUGCUGGCCCCGGCUUGCGGGCAGGAUCAGGUCUUCGAGCACCUCGGACAGCCUGUGGUGCAGAGCGUGGUGAACGGAUUCCACGGGUGCGUGUUCGCGUACGGGCAGACGGGCGCCGGCAAGAGCCACACCGUCUUCGGCGGAGGGAGCGGGGACCGGGGGCUGCUGCCCCGCAUCGCGGAGGGCCUGUUCUUGCAGCUGGCCCGCGAGACGCAGGACGAGCACAUGGUGCGGCUCUCGUACCUGGAGCUGUACAACGAGAAGGUCCGCGACCUGCUCCAGGCCGCGCCCUCGCAGGGCCGGGGCCUCCGAGAGCCCGCCUCGCUGGAGAUCCGGGAGCAUCCCCGGUUCGGCGUGUUCAUCGAGGGGCUCACCAAGAGCACCGUGCAGAGCGCGGCGGACGUGUCGCAGCUCCUGGACUUUGGGCACAAGAUCCGCGUGGUGGGCUGCACGAACAUGAACGCGGUCUCGUCGCGGUCCCACGCGGUGGUCACGCUGCACGUGGAGAGGAAGGUGGUCGGCACUGCCCAGGCGGCUCUUCGGCGGGCCCACCUGCACGCCGUGGACCUGGCGGGCUCCGAGAGGAUGAAGCAGCUCGGCAACAACGAGCAGAGGCAGAAGGAGAGCCAGCAGAUCAACAAGAGCCUGGCUGCCCUGAGCCACAUGAUCUCGUGCUUGGCAGCGCGGGAGCACAAGGGAGCGAAAAGCGAUACGCACAUCCCCUACCGCAACAGCAAGCUCACCUUCUUGUUGUCUGGGUCGUUGAUGGGCAAUUGCAGGACGGCCAUGUUGGCUUGCAUCUCCCCCAGCGCCGAUUGCCUAGAGAUGACGGAGUCGACGAUCCGCUUCGCAGAAUCCGUCAAGAAGCUGCACACCAAGCCGGUGCAGAACGAGGAGUUCGAGGCAGACCUCAUCCGCAUGUUGCAGGCUGAGAUCGAGACACUGAAGCAGCAGCUCCAGUCGACGGCAGCCUCAUCGGACGUGGGCAGAGACAUCCAGGAUCAGAUCCAGGCCACCCAGGGCAUCCAGCAGGAGUUCACGCGCUCCUGGGACGCAGAGCGGCGGCUGGCCGUGGAGGCGAACCGGCAGCGGCGCAUGACCCUCGGCAGCUGCUUAUCCGCCGCAUCCAAAGAAGGUGGUCCGGCCGCAGCGAGCCCCUACCUCGUCACCGUUUGCGACGACCCGCUGCUGUCAGGCAGGAUGCGGUACUGGCUGACACCUGGCAAGGUGCUGCUGAUCGGAAGCGACCCUGCCUGCGACAUCUGCAUAGACGGCAUGGGCACCCAACCCGAGACCUGCUCCGUGCGUUGCGUCGACAAUUGCACGCUGGAGGUGCACCGCUCCAGCCAGCAGCCGUCGCAGUCCCCCUUGUUGCCUACUGCUGGAGGGGAGCUGCCUAAGACGAUGAGCAUGCCGAACCGGCGCUCGGAGGCGGGGACGAGAUCGCUGGCCGAGGUCUCGGUGAACAUGGGACGCGUGGUGGGGCAAGCUCGCCUCGAGGAUGGGGACAGGCUGCGCGUGGGGCUUGCGCACUGCUUCCAGGUGGUGAUCCCAGAGGCACGGAAUCCCCACAGGGAGAAGGUCAUGUCCAUCGUCGACCAAAUCACGGUCGAGAACAGCACGCAGAGCCUGAUGGCCAAGGAGUACGUCUCCCACCUGCAGGACCGCAUCGGCGCCGAGAGGGCGGCGGGGGUGCUGCGGCGCCUGCAGGACCUGAAGAGACUGACGGACGAGGCCAACGAGACGACAGAGGAGAUGCGCGACGACAAGGACUUCGAGAUGGCUUUUGAGGUCCGCGUCCUCUACGACAUCACCGGGUCCGACAAGGAGAACGAGCUGGCCGUGGUGCUGCGGCGCACCGAGCUGCCCGACGACGUGACCCGCGCGGGGCCGCAGUGGGCCCAACCAGACUCCGGCUCCAACGCCCUCUGCGCCGUGUGGUCGGAGGCGGAGUUCCGCGCGCGCCUGGAGGCGCUCCGCGACCUGCGCCGGGAGGUGGACGCCCGGCCGGCGCCGUGGGGGGAGCCCGGCGACCCCGACCCGUGGAGCCUGGAGCUGCAGAUCCCGACCGUGGAGGGCCCCCAGGAGGCCGGCGAGCCGGGGCCCGCGCGGCGGGUGCGGCAGGCCGCCGCGCAGGCGGCGCGGGCCGAGGCGGAGGCGGCGGCGCUGCGGGAGGAGCUGGCGCGGGCCCGCGAGCGGCUGUCCGCGCAGGCGCUCGAGCUCGAGGCCCUGCGCGCGGCCGGCGCGCCCGCGGCGGUGGGGCCGGGCUCCCCGCGCGGCGCGCCCGCGCGGCGCUCCUUCGCGGCGCUCCCCGAGGCGGGGCGCGGCGGGCCCUCGCGGCUGGCGGCGCCCGCCGCGGCGCGCGCGCCCUUCGGCGCCUCCUCGCCGCGCGGCGCCGCCUCGCCGAGGGCGCCUGCGUCGCUGACCGCGGCCUCCGUGCGGCUGCUGUCGCCGCGCAGCCCGCAGGAGCCCGCGAGGAGCGGCCGGGCGCUCUCCGCCUCGUCCCGCGGCAGCCUGGGCAGCCCGCGCGGCGGCGCCUCCGUCGCCUCGCGCGGCGGCGGCUCCGUCACCUCGCUGCAGGCCAAGGGCGGCGCCAGGAGGCCCGCCCCGUCGGUGCAGAGCGGCCCGGCGGCCCGGGGCCACCUCUCGCCGGGCCACGCCGCGCCCUCCGCCACGCCGCGCGCGGCGGCGACGUCGCCGAGCCGGGGCGGCGCGGGCCGCGCCGGCAGCGCGGCGAGGGCGAGCAGUUCCAUCCGCAUCCGUCCGGGCGAGACGUUCGGGACUAAAAAGAUUUGGGCCAGGUCGGAGCAAAUGGGGUCGGAGGAUCGCGCUGCAUCGCCGAUGCAUCGCCGAUGCGGCUCGAUGUGGAGCCCGUGUUUCCCCACGCCGACGACGCCAAUGCAUCGCCGACGUCGCCGGUGCAUCGCCGAUGCAUCGCCGAGACAUCGGCGAUGUAUCGGCGAUACGGCGCGAUCCUCCACCCCCAUCUACCCCGACCCCAUCUAG